GAAAUGGCACCCGCCAAAGGAAGGUAUUAUCAUUAUUAGAGAAGUGGGUAAUCCCGCCAGGAAAACAAAAUAAUGAUUUUCAAGCACAACAGGAAAGCUGUCACGUGAAAUCUAUGUGGAACUACUCUAUUUAUUUCGCUCCAUGCUCAUUCAAUUCACAUGCUCCUUAAUUAGGAUACCAGUUCAGAGAAGCUGUUAACAGCAAAGAGAGAGAAAAAGAGAGAAGGAAUUGGAAGCAGCCAUGACUGCCCUUCUUCUGCUGUUCUUCCUCCUGGUUUUGGCCGCCGGGUGUUCGUGUCUGUUCAGAAAAGAUGGCUUCCGGGGUCGACUGGUUUUUGUCUCCGGGUGUUCGGGUCUGUUGAGAAAAAGUAGCUUCCCGGGUCGGCCGUUUCACGGCCCACGGGUGUACCCCUUCGUGGGCUCUGUGUUUUCCUUGUGGAAGAACAGGGGAAGGCUGUUGGAAUGGUAUAGUGAGAUGCUUGUAGAGAGUCCCACACAGACGAUCGUGGUUGGGAGAUUAGGCGGCGGGCGGACGGUUGUGACGGCGAACCCGGCAAACGUAGAGCACAUUCUGAGGACCAAGUUUGAGAAUUAUCCCAAGGGUGAGCCGUUCACUGCGAUUCUGCAUGACUUGCUGGGCAGAGGGAUCUUUAACGCGGACGGAGACGGGUGGAAGAUGCAGAGACGGGUCGCGAGCUAUGAGUUCAACACGAGAUCUCUGAGGAGCUUUAUAGUUCAGGUCGUGGAGGAGGUCACGGACCGGUUGCUCCCGCUCCUCCGGGAGGCGAGUGAAACGAGCAGGUGUCUGGAUCUUCAGGACGUGUUGCAGAGAUUUGCGUUUGAUAAUAUAUGUAAGGUGGCGUUUGGGGUCGAUCCUGCUUGCCUAGACGGGUCGUUGCCGGUUUUUAAGUUCGCCCGGGCGUUUGACGUCGCGACGGACCUCUGCGCCCGCCGGGCCGCGGCACCCGUGUCGCUGGUGUGGAAGCUGAAACGGGUGUUGAACGUCGGGUCUGAACGGAGGCUCGCAAGGGCGGUGGAGGUUGUGAAUGAAUUCGCCAUGGAUGUUAUUCGAAAGCGGAGGAAGGAGAUGGGCUGUGGGAAUGGGAAGCAGGAUCUGUUGUCAAGGUUAAUGGCACUGGCCAACAGACCUCACCUGACGGCCAUCAUGGGGGCCGGUCAUCUGUCACACGAAUUUCUUCGGGACAGUAUUGUGAGCUUCAUUUUGGCCGGUCGAGAUACCACCUCAGCUGCGCUCACCUGGUUCUUCUGGCUGCUCUGUUCGCAUCCCCAUGUAGAACAUACGAUUCGCCGAGAAACCGCCCGGCUCGUCGGCGUCCGAGGCGCCGGUGACGCAGACGCCUCCGCCGGUCAGCACCAUGACCCGCCGGUCGUUUUCACCUACGAGCAGUUACAGCAGAUGAACUACCUGCACGCCUCGCUCUGUGAGGCCAUGCGCCUUUACCCACCUGUUCCUUUCGAUUCCAAACAUGCCCUCCAAGAUGACCUUCUGCCCGACGGAACUUUUGUCACCAGGGGGGACCGGGUCACCUAUCAUCCUUACGCCAUGGGACGGAUGAGGACCAUUUGGGGACCCGAUUGUCUGGAAUUCAAGCCCGAGAGAUGGCUCAACGAAAAUGGUCUCUAUGCCCCACGAAAUCCUUUCAUGUUUGCGGUUUUCCAAGGCGGGGUUCGGGUCUGUUUAGGCAAGGAAAUGGCCUUCAUUCAGAUGAAAUACAUCGUUGCUUCUGUAAUUUCCAAUUUUAGUCUGUGCCCGGUUGAUACCCACCGGACUCCCAAAUGUAUUUCCAGCUUGACCGCCCGCAUGGUGGGCGGUUUUCCUGUUUUUGUAAAGACUGCUAAUAGUAAUAAUUCAUAGUGUUUUCAUUA